AUGUUCAGAUCCUUGCCGUCGCUUCGAUCCUCAGGGAGGACCCUAGCUGCGAGCCUCGCCAGCUCCAGAUCGCAGCAGUCGAUAACACGACAGCCACUCUACCGCUUGGAUGCGAGAAGAACAGCAAUUCGCUUCGCCAGCUCCUCCAAUCAACCUCCAAAGCCGCCGUCGCCCGAUGAAGAGCGCGACAGGCUUGCGCACAAGAAGCUCGAACCAAAUCCCGAGGGCGUUUCCUCUACCAGCAGUGUGCGAACCGUCUUGGAGGCCACUGAAGGAGCCAUGAGAGAGCCUCCGGGUAUCCCCUCAAAUCUCAAGAGUGAUAUUGAUGUUGUCAAGGAUUCGUUCCGCCUGGACACAGUCCCUCGCGAAUCUCACAUCCUCGGUCUGGCCGGCACAUUGCCUUACCUUGCUACCUCUGUCUCGACUGUUUUCUUAGCAUUGAAUCUCAACACAGAUGUUCCUUCUGGCAAUCGUUUCUACAAUAUGAUUUUCAUGGAACAUGAAACGGCGCAGUACCUCCUAGACUUCAUCGAGCCGCUGCAGCUCGGAUAUGGCGCCGUCAUCAUUUCGUUCCUCGGCGCCAUCCAUUGGGGUCUCGAAUAUGCAGAGAAGAAGCCACAGCACGACCGUACUCGAUUCCGCUACGGAACUGGUCUCGCCGCCUCCAUCGUCGCCUGGCCCACGAUGCUAAUGCCUCUCGAGUACGCCCUGACAACACAGUUCGGCGCCUUUGUCGCGCUCUACUACGCCGAUUCCCGCGCCACGCGAAAGGGCUGGGCGCCACCGUGGUACGCCAAGUACCGCUUCCUCCUGACCGCCAUGGUCGGGCUCGCCAUCUUCAUAUCUCUCGUCGGCCGCGCCGAGAUCUCUCAGCGGAAUGAGCAUAACAAGCAGAGCCUGCGGGCUAGAAUGGAGGAGCCCGGUAUUGCGGAUAAGAACACGGAUUGGACAAAGUUGGAGAAGGAAGAAAAGGAGAGAAUCAAGAAGGAGAAGGCCAAGAAGGCGAGAGAAGAGGAACAGGCCAAGAAGAAGAAGGCUCAAGAUGAGAAGAAGAAGUCUCAAGAUGAGAAGAAGGGCAAGGCCAAGAAUAAGGGGGACGAAGAGGACGACUCUCAGGAUAGCCAAAAGGGCAUGGACAAGGACAGCGACGAGUCUGAGGACAGCGACGAGUCUGAGGACAGUGACAAGUCUGAAGACAGCGAUGAGUCUAAGGAUAACGAUGAGUCUAAGGACAACGAUGAGUCCAAAGACAGCGAUGAGUCUAAAGAUGGCGACGAAUCCAACGAUAGCGACAAGUCCAAAAGCAGUGACAAGUCCAAAGACAACAAAUCCAAGGACAAUAAGUCAAAAGACAACAAGUCCAAGGACAAUGACAAAUCCAAAGACACCGACGAGUCCAAAGAUGGCGAAUCUGAUCAAGAUCAAGAGAAGACUGAUCAGGAUAGCAAAUCAGACAAGGGCGGCAAGGACAGCAGCAAAAAGAAAUAG